AUGUUUCUAUUGGGAACUCUGCCUACAAGGUGCGGCGGGAAUAGCGCCAUUGAGAGCGCCGCGUUCCUUGCAAAAAGUCCCUCUGCACUAGCCCAUGGCUCCCCUGAAGCAGCAAUUGGCAAGACGUCUGCUGGGGUUGUUGCAGCUGCGAAGCUUGACUGUGACCCUCUGCCGCCGAAAUCACUCCAAUGCUCCAUGCCAUACAAUUAUGCCGAGAGUCAUGCUAGAGAUGGACAGGAUCACGUAUGGAGCCGCGCGCUUCCCAUUGCCCCCCUUCUCGGUUGUUACUCUGCUGCUCAGGCUACCAUGGGAACGUUGCUCACCCACCUAAACCCGCUUAUAGCGGGGUUCUUUGCCCAGGGCGCCUGGAGUGCAAGUAAUGGGGAGGUUCUCAGAUUGCACCGGCCUAUCUAUCAUAUUACGCUCCUUGACAACCUGUUCAGGCCCCUAAUUACGUGUGUUCUACCCUCUAUCAGUGGGUCUGACCCGCACUCCCGUAUUCAAAUGCUGUCCUUCAUGACCGACCUGGGCCCUCUCGAUGGAAUCUGGCUACUGGAGAGUUACCAUCAGGCUCACUCCUGGCGCGAGGUCUUGCUGUGCGUGGACAUUACCGCACCUUCAUGGCUCUAUUGGAGACCACAAGUGACCGACACAAGACCGACACCAGCCCGGUAA